AUGCAGUUCUCAGUAAACUCCUUUGCGAUGAUGCUUGCAACCGCCAUCACUACCAUAAUGGCGGCGCCCACCAACAACCUCGCACUCCGCCAAGAUGACGGCGUAACCCGCUGCAAAGUCGAGGCCAAAGCGUCGCACACUUACGGCGGCGGCAGCCCCUACCAACAGCCCGUCGACAUAACCGGCGGAGGAAUCUACUGCUACGACGUCAACAACAACCAAGUCUACUACAACACCGACGCCAACGUGGAUGACUUCAAUGGCGCCACCAAUAGCGUCUCUGCAGCAGACUGCCAUACUCUGGGCGAUGUUACCUUUAGGACGGCGUUCAAUAGCGCGAGCAACACCUUUCAGAUUUGCACGAUUACGUAUAAUGGGGUGAAUACUGAGGGUGUCGUCACUAAUAACAUUGAUGGGGGGAUCGUGAGCGUGUCGAGUUCUUAUUGCACUAUCUACAUCCCUUGCUAAGUGGGGGACAACUCGAACCAAAGGACCAGUGUGUGUUGAGCGCUCAGUUUUCCUGAUCUAGGUGGUGCAUGUAUAGUAACAACGUCAACAUUGAAUAAGGGGCUUCAUA